UGUAGGUUUGAGUAUGUUACUAGCCGUUUGUGUUUUAUUGUAGAUAAGUGAUCCAGGGAGACAACUAGUGCCUUGUGACGUGCGGGUUAUAAUAACAGUGCCACAGAGAAGACUGUGAUGGAAGGUGGUCAUGCGAUAUUCUCCUAGCCGUUGACACGACCAGAAAAUGGUGACAUAGACAUUCCAACCCCAAAGAAUCCCAGUUAAAAACAUUCCCAAUUUUGCCAAAUGGUAACUUAAAUCAGGAAGUCAUAGUUCAAACAGGGCGUGAGAGGUGACUUACCUCUUGUACAAAGUUAAGGAGCAAGAUGGAGCCCCGCGCCAAGGACUCGGCCCUCUCCUCUGCCGCCCACACCACCGCCCGCCCACACCAGCCACUUAGGGGUGGUGGUGCGGGUGGCCAGCAGCCCCAGGGCGGGACAGGUGGCUCAGUGGGCGGCGUGAUAAGUGGCCCAGUGGGCGGCGUGAUAGGUGCCCCAGUAGGCGGUGUGAUAGGUGGUGUGAUAGGUGUCCCAGUGAGCGGCGCGUUGCAGUACGGCAGCGGGUAUGGUUGGCGGAGCUCGGGUGAGCGAGGGCCAAGCCAGGGACCCAGGUUGUCAGGGGGCGGGUUCCUCACCAGGACCCGUCUGGUCACCAACUUGGCCAAGGGCGUCAGCAUGGGCCCCCUCAACCGCCAGCCGGAGCCCAAGCCCAAGGAGCCAGACCAUGAUGAAGCCUUCGUCGAGGAGUCCGGCAUCAAACUCUUCGAGUCGCGAACCCAACCAACCGACGACGAUGAUGACGACGACGACGACGACGACGAUGAGGACGACGAUGUUGUUGAUGAUGAUGACGGCGAGGAUGAUCCACUGUACGAGCUGGACGUACUGGACGACACCAUCGUCGAGGAAGGCGAAGAUGAAGAAGAGGAAGAAGGAAAAGUGGAAGAAGAGAAAAAAAAAGAGGAGGCGAAGGCCAGAGAAACUGAAGACCCGGCUGAGGCAAGUCAACAGCAGCAACAGCACCCCCAACAACAGCAGCAGCAACAACAGCAGCUGCAGCAGCAACAAGGGGGUGAUGGCCCACCCUCGACCAUCACACUGUCGCAGGAAAGUCUGGGCAAGACAAUCCGUAGCAGCAGCAGCGUGAGCAGCGGCAGCAGCAGCGGCAAUAACAGCUGCAGCAAUAUGAACACCGCCAACAACCUCAUCACCAAGACCAACGGCAGCGUCGGCAGCAGCAUCAGCAGCGGCAUCAGCGGGGGGCCGGGGGUGGCUGCCGGCACCAAGAGGGACUCCUGCAGCAGUAGUAGCGGGAGCUCCAGGGACUCCGGCAUGAGUGAGGGCUGGGGUGGGGGCGAGCCUCUUAUCCGUGGCCGCCCACACCGCCUCUCCUUGCCCUCCACCUCACGCCCACGCCACCAGUUCACUAUCCGUCGGGUGGCAGAGGCUGAGGCGCCCCCCGCUCGUAGAAACAACGACUACAUCGACAGAAGCAUCGCAGAGCGCCGCAGCCCCGAGACUACGUCCUUGACCCGCACCUCCCACCAACCGGUGUGGUUCAAGCGACACACGGAUGUAGCAACAGUUGGGCCUGUCGGAAAGAAUCAACAGGGAACAGAUGCCUCUGCAGAUUCCCCCCAAGAUGUUAUUGUUUCUCGCACUCAUGGCACAGCCACCACCGGCGACCGAGGGGAUGAUGGCUUUUCUUCUCAGUCAUCCAUCAGCGCAAGACCUCGCUCAGGGACCUGGAGUGUUGCUAAUUCUAGGAGAGUUAAGAUCAAAGCUGAGAAAGAAGAAGAAGCUUCCUUCCGCCAACGUCGUAAAUCAGGAGAUGACAUUCUAGCAGCUGCAACUAACAACACCAGCAACGUUGCAAGUGGCCGUCGUAAAGAGGGAGGCCCACAGGGUUUCUUUGACUCCUUCCGGCCACGGUCUAAGUCAGAUGCCAGAGCUAUAUUGGCAGCGAGGCAGAGGCGGAAGUCCGGUGACGAUGUGCUUAAUACAGCUGCCAAGGAAAAGGAGAAGAAGAAGGAGACUUCCCCAGGGUUUUUCGAUUACAUCGGCAGACGACCGCGCUCCAAGUCUGAUGCCUCGCGUGUUGGAAAGAAAACUAAUAUCAUUACGUCAAUGAAAAACGCAGUCCAGAACUGGAGUGAUGAGAAGGAGCGUAGGAGGAGGGAGCGUGAGGCUCAGCGGCGGGAGAGGCAGUUGAUGCUGGGUCGCUUCUCCAUGUCGUGUCAGCACACUUUAGUGUCACCAAGCGGCAGCAGUCGCAGUGGUCGGCGUAGUGGUGAUGUUACUCCUGUUGAACAUCAGACAGGUGAAGAUGUUUACCACACAUGGCAUGCAGGGGCACCGCAUCCCAGUAUGCAGCCAAGAAAUCGUGCUCCUGAUAGCAGCAGAACGGGUCUAUCUAAAGUUAUGGAAUUAUUUAGAAGUCAUCGUGGAGAGUCAACUGAAGAGAGGCAGCGGAGGAAGAGCGGAGGAAAAUAUGGAGAGAAAGGCCAAUUGCGACGUAUGUCAAGUGAAACUGACAGGAGACGUCAUGGCAGUGGGACAUUACAACCAACAUAUAUUCGAGGAGAAAUGGACCCCACUCAAGCAGCCAUGCUAUUCCGUGAUUCUCGAGGGCUACCACAUGCAGACCCCUUCUUGGAGAACAUUAGUAGGAGUGACUUAGAGGAGGAUGAAACGCAAAUUUUUGUGAAAUUCUUUGAGUUCCAUCACACGUAUGACCUCAUUCCCAUCAGUGCCAAACUCGUGGUUUUUGACACCAGGCUCCAGGUUAAGAAGGCCUUCUUUGCACUGGUGUAUAAUGGAGUACGAGCUGCCCCGGUCUGGGAUUCUGGACGACAACAAUUUGUGGGAAUGCUCACAAUCACAGACUUCAUCCGCAUUCUUCAGAAUUUCUAUAACUCACCCAAUCGUAAAAUGGAAGAGCUAGAGGACCAUCGGCUUGAAACUUGGCGCACCGUGUUGGAGGAUGAAGUACGGCCAUUGAUCAGCAUUCGACCAGACGAGUCUCUGUAUGUUGCAAUACGAUCUCUCAUCCAUCAUAAAAUUCACCGUCUCCCUGUUAUUGAUCCCGCCACUGGCAAUGUUCUGUAUAUUGUCACACACAAGCGCAUUCUCAAGUUCCUUUACUUAUAUAUCAGUGAGCUGCCCAAGCCGUCCAUCCUGCAGAAGCCUCUAAGGGACCUGGAAAUCGGCACGUAUAAAAACAUAGAAACAGCAAGUCAGGAUACGCUCAUUAUAGAAGCUCUUAACAAAUUUGUGGAACACAGAAUCUCUGCCUUGCCCAUUGUAGAUGCUGAAGGAAAACUGGUUGAUAUUUAUGCCAAGUUUGAUGUCAUAAACCUUGCAGCAGAGGGAACAUACAAUAACCUAGAUGUGACUCUACGCAAAGCUAACGAGUAUCGCAAUGAGUGGUUUGAGCAAGUUCAUAGCUGCACAUUGAACGAAACAUUUGGAACCAUUAUGGAACGUAUUGUUCGGGCAGAAGUACAUCGUCUAGUGGUGGUAGAUGAGAUGGGUCGAGUUGUGGGUGUCAUAUCUCUCUCAGAUAUUCUCAAAGAACUUGUUCUCAAGCCCUGUAAUGAUGUUGAACCUAAUAAUUUGCAAGCAGCAAAGGUGAGUCAGAUGGAGGAAGUACUGACUCACCCAGAAUCAAACUUGUCUUCAAAAUCCUCAGCUGAUAGUUCUCAAUCUGAAGUCAAUGCAGUUCCUCCUGACUCAGCUCUAACAAUUAAUGGUGUUCAUGUGGCAGAAAGUGAUGAGAGCUUUGGUGAGAAAUGGAGUAGUGAUGAUCGCUUAAGUCAAGCCUGUAGUACCAGUAGUGGACAGGCAGACAAGAGCUCUGCCAAGUCAUUCCCGGCUGACAGCGAGGACGAAAACCGUUACUGUAUAGAGAACACGGAAGAUAUGCCACCAGUGCCACAACCAGAGGUUAUUCCCAUCACAGGUUGAAAACACAGUUGAAUGAAAUAUGUAAGUGGUAAGACUUUGACUAUAAUAUAUGCAUUAUUUACCACUAAAAAAACAUGAAUAUGACAGAUUAUAUGAUUUGUUUACUGUUUCUAUGAAUAAUAAAAUUAUUCACUAUUUAAGCCACAACUUUUGAGGCCACAGUGGUCACUUCUCAUAAUUGAUACCUUUGCAAAUGGAAGUUAUUUGUGAUAGAUACAGUUUGAAUAGCACAUCAGGUAAUAUAUGCCUUUUUUUCCAGUCAAGUAUGCAUUCAUGAUCUCUUCCACAUAGAAUGCAAAGAAAGACAAAAUUUGAAGUUGUCAGGUUAAGCAGUAACUAUUUGUAGCGGCACAUUAAUAUAUUUAAAUGAAAUGUGAUAAGCUGGCACUCUUAGGUAGCCAACCCCCUAGCCUAGCACCAGUUCUAUUUCAAUAUUUGCAAAAGCAUGUGCGGCAGUGCUUUUGAGAAAUUAAAGAUAAGAGGUAACACUGCUACAUAGCUUCAAAUUAAUAUUUUAAAAGAGGACUAAGUGUUACUGCACUGAUUGUCCAGUUUAGUGCUUUCAGAGGUACUGUUGUCAGUUCUGCUAGUGCUUGUUCAAUUGACUGUUUGGGAAACAUUGUUGUGUAGCAAGUUAUAAGUGAAUGUGUCAGUUAAAUUGGUCGAGUGUGUUUAUAUAAUGAUAAAGAUAUUUCAUUUUGCAAUCACCCUUAAACUUAGCUAAACUAUAAGCAUUAAUUGGUGGUAAUUGAAAAGUUAGUGAUAAAAUUUUGUGCUAAAGAUUCACUUCAGUAUUAUUUUUAUUCUUAUACACAUUUAUGAUUUGACCAGGAAAUAUGGUACAAGUGAAGAUCAUUUUCUGUAGCAAUUGCUGCUGCAUUGUCACCACUAAAUACACAUGAAACUAUAUCAUCAAAGUCUUGGCUUGCUGACUAGGGCCCUGUCAUAGCAGUACAGCCACUUUCAUUUCAAUGUCAGUGAUAUGUUAAGCCUCGCCCUGGGAACGGGAGGGUAUUGUAAUUGGGCUGUGUGUGCGUGUCCGCGAAUAUGUCUGCACCAGUGGGCGAGGGUUAGCAUUGUACCAAUGCGCUUGUUAUAAACUUGUGGAAGGCUGUCUUUUUCAGGUACAUGACAAACAAAUAAUCAUAUUAUCUACACUGCUGUACAAAUGGAGCCCUGGUUCAGCCACUUUCGUGAUAUGUUAAAAAUGAAUACUAUUUUUUAAGGUGGGGGAUUCCAAUAGUGCAAAACUCCUUAUAAUUAAGUCUGGGCCUUAUCUUCAUUUUUACCACAAGGUCAGAAAGUUUUAAUGGACUAUUUCAUAAGAGGAUAGGAUUUGAUGUUUUGAUGCCUACAGGAGUACUUAAUAAUGAAACUGUCCAUAAGACUGUUAUCCCUUGCUCAAUACAUGUAUUAGGAUUUUGGCAGCAAGGAAAUGGGGAUUAAUUCACUGUUGAGAAUUAAACCUAUUCAAGUAGCACCCUUAACAAGAGGGAGAAGUUUAGGUACGUGCGUCAAAAAAAAAAAAAUUAUAUAUAUUGUAUAUAUAUAUAUAAUAUGUGAUUACACUGAACAAGAACUAAUUAUGGCAGUGCUAAAUGCAACGAAAAAGUUCUAUGUUCUAUGACGUGACGUAAAAGUAGGGUGAAAAAGUGUGAUUGUGGUUCUGCAUUGGCAUACUGGUAUUUUAAUGCACUUCCUUUUCUUGUUACUUGAGGGAGUCUUUAAUGAGGUUCAUCCUGUAGUACAUCACUGUGGUUAAGAGCUGUGUUCAUCCUCAUUGUUUAACACAAUUACUUGUUGUAUUUUGUGCCUCAUUGUAACUUUUUUAUGAAUUAUUCAUCCAUUGUUUAGCUUGUAAAUAAUGAGUAAUAUUGAUAUACCAGUUAGUGACUCAUCAUGCCUUGUACAUAACCAUGUAUUCCUUGACCCAAGUAUAAUAAAUGAUUUAAUAAUUAUGA